UAACUAUAGCAUACAUUCAUAUUUAGUACUUUCAAAGUUUAUAACAAUGCAGUGCAACAGUGGAGGAAGAAAAGUCACAUCUUGAACGUGUCCAGUAAGUGUGGGCGAUACUGCAAAUAGUACGGUAUUGUUGAUACCAAUACUGCCACCAACAGAUAUGAUCAGUGCUUAUUACUUGGCAUGUGUCAACAUUGGACAUGCAAAGACGUGUGUGAGCUAGCUAGCUAACAGGCUCUGCUGUGGUCUGCUUCAAUUGGAUCCAAAGUUGCAAUUUUUGGAUAUAUUUUCACCAAAAGUGCUGCCACUGUAAGGACAGUAAAAGUGGACCAGCGGCAACCUAGGUUGUUUUUUGCUUUCUACACAUUUUGUGGUGUUUCGUGUGGUUUUCGACAUGGCGCCUCGUCAGAGCUGUCAAAAGUGUUCAGCGGAAAAGUCAUUUUUUUAUCUCGUUUCAACUGCUAUUUCGAUAUUCCAAAUGAUGUACAAUCCAGCUCAUAAGUGAGCAAAACAAACCCUAGGCUGCCAGCAGAACUUCUAAAAAGUAUUUUUGACAUUUUGACAACCUACACUGUCAGCUAGCAUAGCUUACGCUAGCUGACAGCUAGUCCUUCAACCCUGCAGAAAACUAUGCAUCAACAAGACCACAAGACUCCUUCACCGCGUGUAAGUGCCACGCUCACUCACCAAGCUGUCAUUAAACAUAGCAUUAGCCUAAAACCAGUGCUAUCAGCUCCUGUACUGGCCAGUCCCUUUCUCUGUUCCCCAGACCCAAAACUCCACCGUGGCCCCACUCACCUCUCCAAACAACCGCCACAGCUGCAUCCAUCUCACCGCUAAGAUCAUCGAACUGGAACAGCGAAUGUCCGCACUCCGCCGUAUCCCUGAAACCGAACUCCAAAUGGACACCAUCAACUUUGACACCAGAAAGUCCACGUCCAGUUCCGACUCCGGGCCUUCCUCAGCAAAUGGCCCACGGUGGACAAAGUUUGGACACCCCGGCCCAUAGUCUCUUUCACACUGCAAUCCCACUAAAUUGGCACAUGACAGCCGGAACAGUUGGUCCGGCAUUUAUUUGAAGAGGGACAUUGUAUCAAAUUUCCAUACAAGCAGCAAGAAGCCUCUGUCACCGCAGCCAGACAACCCUCAUGAGGUCAAUCCACCCUCCAGAGGAAGUGUGUGUGUGUGUGUGUGUGUGUGUGUGUAGGGGUGUGCGUGCUCCAAUCAGAACGCUCCUGCAGCAUGUGGACGUCCGGAGCAUCGCACCAAUCAGCGAGCUGCAGCAGCGAGUCACACCGGGACAGCCACCACAGAUAAAAAUGUUUGACUAUCCUCCAUCCUCCCAAAACAUCCUCUCAAUCCUCCCAGGACGGGCAGAGAGCUGCACUUUGACCCAAACCCCACCAGAAACGGACUGAACGUUGACGGGUAUUAUUAUCGUUGGCACGUAUUGCGAGAAACCUGUUGCGCCUAAGUGGCGUGUUUUUCAAAUACUUUUCAAGGAUUAACAACGAGAAGAACACAACUUUGGGACGAACUUUUUUUUUUUUUUUUUACCUGACAGACGGUCAGGAGGCAUGACAGCACUGGCAGGAGGUUUAACGAGGAUGAUGAGACCCAGUCCACACCAGAACUACCCAAGGGGAGGCUACUCUCUGGAGGUGUCCACCCCUCUGGGUCAGGGUCGAGUUAACCAGCUCGGUGGCGUCUUCAUCAACGGCCGGCCUCUGCCCAACCACAUCCGCCAUAAAAUCGUAGAGAUGGCGCAUCACGGGGUCCGGCCCUGUGUCAUAUCCCGCCAGCUGAGGGUCUCUCACGGCUGCGUGUCCAAAAUCUUGUGCCGGUACCAGGAGACUGGAUCCAUACGGCCUGGAGCCAUCGGAGGCAGCAAGCCAAAGCAAAGUGCAACUCCAGAGCUGGACAAGAAGAUUGAAGAGUACAAGAGGGAGAACCCGGGAAUGUUCAGCUGGGAAAUUAGGGACAAGUUAUUAAAAGAUGGCAUCUGCGAUAGAAACAGUGUUCCUUCAGUGAGCGCCAUCAGUCGCAUCAUGAGGUCCAAAUUCGGCGGCGUGGGCGACGAUGAGGAGGAUGGGGACGACGUGGUGAAGAGGGAGAUGGAGGAAAACGAACCCAGGACAAAACACAGCAUCGAUGGCAUCCUGGGAGACAGAUCCAGUCACUCGGAUGAGGGCUCCGACGUGGACUCCGAGCCAGGGCUGCCGCUGAAGAGGAAGCAGCGUCGCAGUCGGACCACCUUCACGGCGGAGCAGCUGGAGGAGCUGGAGCGGGCCUUCGAGCGCACGCAUUAUCCUGACAUCUACACGAGGGAGGAGCUCGCUCAGAGGGCUAAACUCACCGAGGCUCGCGUUCAGGUGUGGUUCAGCAACAGAAGAGCCCGGUGGAGGAAGCAAGCAGGAGCCAAUCAGCUGAUGGCGUUUAACCACCUCAUCCCAGGCGGUUUCCCUCCGUCAGCCAUGUCUGGCUUGCAACCCUAUCAGCUGCCUGACAGCCCCUACCCCGCAACCUCCAUAGCUCAGGCCACUGAGCAGCCCAGUACGGUCCACCGGCCGCAGCCUCUGCCGCCCACCUCCGUGCACCAGAGCGGCCUCAGUUCAUCGUCCAGCUCUCAGGACGGAGGCUCACCGUACUGCCUCUCCUCCGGACGGCACGGCUUCUCAGGAUACUCGGACAGCUUCGUGGCCUCCACCGGACACUCCAACACCGUCAACCCCGCCGCCAUCGGCAACAGCCUCUCACCUCAGGUGAUGGGCCUUUUGAACCCAGGAGGGGUACCUCAUCAGCCCCAGAGUGACUUCGCUCUCUCCCCGCUGACCGGAGGCUUAGAGCCUAACGGCGGCAUGGCUGCGAGCUGUCAUGGCUCCCAGCGACUGGAGGCUUUACCGGGUCUGACCAGCAUGCCUGCCCUGCCUAGCACACAGUCUUACUGCCCGCCCUCCUACACCUCACCAGCCUACGCCGUGGACCACCAUCCGUCCUACCAAUAUGGACAAUACACUCAGAGCAAGGUUCCUUUCAUCAUUUAAAGCCCCUCUACUUGGUACCCGGCUGUCUUUGCCAGCCUCUCCGAGGCCAACCAGAGGAGACCGAGAGGAAGAGGUGUGCUCCCUCCCAGAAAUAACAAGGAAAAACCACCUCAAUGGAGGGUACACUGAUGGCGAUGGUCGACUGGAAUAAUUAGGACCAAAGGUGCAGCCUCUCCAGUUACCUUGUGCGUCUCGUCAUGCUCCGAGGACGCAAGCCCGCUUGUUCAUGCUUGAAGAGGAUAAGGAAAAAAAGGGCUGGUGGGAGGGAUGGACUUAAUACAUUCAAGAUUUGUUUUUUGCAACUGAGGCAGACUUUGUUUUUCCACCCAAUGCCGUGCGUUCGUCAGGUAAAAGUUGGGACCAACCUCAUUCGUCAAUAAACUCUACAUAAAAUACACCAUUUUUUUAACGCGGUUACCAACACCCUGCAAGGAAAGCAUGUUGUUAUUUCUUUCAAAUAAGUGACGUUAUUUUGUGCUCUGUAAGUAUGGAUUUGAAUUCCUGUCAAAAAGGGGCCAGAUGUUCUUCCGAAGCCGACGAUGAUGGAAAAGACGGACAGUAAAUCUAACCUGAGUGGACCACUGCAACCCAAAGAAAGUGCAAUACCUUCAUACCUCAUGAACGAGCACACAUCACAUGUACACGUCCUCCAACUAAUACUCCUUUUUUUUUUUUUUAAUGAUGUCUGUCAUACAGUAUUUUUGUUUGGAGUUCAUUGCCCAGUGUAAAACUGAGAAACCAAAAAACAAGAAAAAAAAACACACACCACAGGUGCACACAUUUUCCAUUGGACGGUUAUUUUUUAAAAUAAUUUUGCAUGUGUUAAAUUAGUUUUAAUCUGGAACUUUCCGAUAUGUUUUAUUUAUUUAGUGUUGCUCAAGUGUUUCCUGUAAUUACAUAAUCGUACGUGUUUAAAUAAGUCCUAAACAAUGUUCCGUAUUCAUGUUGUUGUUUCUUUUUUGUAUCAUUUUCACUUGGCAUAAAAUGAUUGUUUUGCAAGACUUUUUUUGUGUACAAUACAGCACUAUUUACUAUUUAUAAUAAAGAAUGUAAAAGUAA